UUGAAAAUUGACACCCGAUCUAUUUUACGAAAUUUUCAAUUUACGAACACCCCUUGGUACCAAGGGGUACGUAAAAUGGACGUUUUAUACUGUACCAAUUUCACGAUAUGAACAACGCUCAUCUGAAUUGCGGAAUUAAUCGUAUCGAUAGUCAACAAAUUCAAAGAACAGGAUACCAUACCAAUUAUCUCCAGCCUGUCAUUCAUGUGUCCCUCUGUUGUAUACUACUGUACCAGUCGAUAAGAAGACACAGGGAAACCGGUUUGAAGUAAAAUAUGUUGGAAUUUUCUUUUAUGUUAAACCAUAAAAAAGUAGACUUACUUUGCUACCAGUUAAUAUUUUGUAAAGUAUAUUUGUUAAUAUUUGUAAAGUAUUUAUUUACAACAUGGUACAAAUUGCUGAAACUAACCACAUGAAAUGCCAGCAAAGGAAAAUGGAUUAUUUACUAAAUUAAUAUGCACUAAGCAAAAGCAGUUUAGGUUUGUGUCUGUAUCUGACCUUGCAAAUGGUGCCAUUAAUUAUCCGACCUCCCUUGUUCUAAAGGUGGGAUGAGUAGCCCUAGACUGCUAUAAUGUACUAAACACCACAUACUACUUUGUCAGUAUUGUGAAAAAUCUUUUUUUAGUUAUCCUUUUUUGGGUUUAUACAUAAAUGAAAUAAUGAUGCCAUACUCUUUUCGCAUUGAAUUUGCCAAUUUGUUUUAGGAAAUCUAAUAUGUAAGUUUUAAAAUGUACGUUUUUAUGUAUUUAUUCUUGUUGCUAAUUUCUUGUACAAACUCUUUUCAGCAAUGAUCCAAAUAUGUCAGGGGUUGGUGACUUAUCUGUAACUGACAUCACUGUUGAUGUAACCAAUACUUCAAAUGUAACAUGGAUUCCUGGGGAAGAUGACCUCAAUGACUUUGUAAUUGACAUGUCUCUGAGAACUGAAAACCCUGUUGGUGUUGACAACCUAUCCACCUUACAUGAACUCAACAUGAAAGAAAUGGAGGAAGUAUAUGUAGCAGAAGAAGAAAAACAGCCACACGAACAAGAGACUAAUCGUUGCAUUUUAAACAGCGUAGACGAUACAAGAAACCUAACUGCUGGUAUUGCUUAUGAUAUGUCUGUUACAUAUUCUAGUAAGCUACAGCAGUCUUUCUGCAAAUAUAAAUAAUCAACACAUUUUUUCUUUGUUUCGUACCCUUGCUUGGAACGAUAUAGCUACGAAUCCCAUUGCAAUAGUUUCCGCCUGCAUUGUACGAUACACAU